AUGAAAGAUAUAUUUAAAGAUUGUGUUAUUAGUUGUUGUGGUACAUUCAGUGUACCUCAAUCAGAGAUAUACAAGUUGAUCAGUGCAAAUGGUGGAAAGACAGAGAAGAGUUUCUCGAGUAGAUGCACUCAUUUGAUCACAACAACAACCAACUACAAUAAGAAAACGAAUAAUGUAAAGAAAGCAUUGGCAACAAUCGAUUCUUCACAUUUGGUCUCUGAAGAUUUCAUACAUAAAUCUAUUGAACUUGGAAAGAGAGUCAAAGAAAGUUUGUACACUAUCAAUAUUAAAGUAAAUGAUAGAGAUACUAAAGAAGAGGAAGAAGAGGAAGAAGUAAAAGAUGAAGAAAAAGUAAAGAAAUCAAAUAAAUUAUCAUCAUCAUCAAAGAAAGCAGAAUCUAAUAAAGUAAAAAAAGAAAAGAAAGAUGAAGAGGAAGAAGAGAAAGAAGAAGUAGAAGGUAAGGGUAAGAGUUCAAAGAGAAAGAGAGAGGUAGAAGUCGAAGAAAAGAAUGUAAAGGAAGAAGUAGAUGAUAAAGAUGAAGAAGUACAAGAAGAAGAUGAUAAACCAAAGAAACAAGAGAAAAAGAAAUCAAAGACAAAGGAGAUAGUUAGAUUUCAACCGGUUGACGAUAGUGAGAGUUUAUUGAAGAUGACAGAUAUCGUUGCAAUGUACAAAGCACAAAAGAUGAUCUUUUACAACUGUGCUCAACAGCAGUUGAAUACACAAUUCAACUCACUCUUUGAAUUGCUCAAGAAAUCGUUGGUAGGCAGUGUCGGUGGCCUUGCCAAAGAUGAAUUGUUCCAACAUUCUCUGGAUGAAGUAUUCCACCCUGUCCUCCUAAGAACACUUACAGCCAAGCUAAACGUCUACGAAUCAGAGCAGAAGAAGCAAAAGAAAGAUGAUAGUAGUAAUACUGUUCAACCAUUCCAAUACUUGAACCAAGAGAGAAUCGAAUCUAUUCUCGGUGAACUUCUCACAAAGCAAAAGGUUAAGAGCACUCCAAAAGAAAUGAAUCGAUUGAUUGGUGUAACUGGUUUGUUUAUCAACGAUAUGUUGGAGCGAGUAACAGAACAUCGUGCCAGACACAAACAGAAAUGGACAUCACACACUAACAUUCGUCAUAUCAUCAGUGAAAGUGUUACGCUGUCAUUGAUGUUCCCAGAGCUCGAUACCUAUUGCAAACCAACUGGACCACGUGCCAAAGGUAGACCAAAGAAAGUUUAUUUCGGUGAUGAAAAUAAUCAUAUUUAA